AUGUACAGCACAAAAUUCAGAAGAGUCAUGACAAUGGCUCCCUUCCUCUUGGCCAAUCCUGCCCUCGCCUUGUGCGAGGAACCCUCUACUGCUGACCGUAUUAGAGGUAACUACGAGAACAAAAUUCGAUUUUUCGCAGCGCCAGAGUAAAAAUCUUUGAAACCUUUUCCAACAUUAGGGAGGAAGAUGGACAAGUCUACAUGUCGUAUCAAGACUUCUUCCAUUCACUAACUCCCUACAAUUUUGUUGCUUCCAAAGACGACGACGAUGACGAUGAUGACGAAGAGAAUAAGGACAAAGAAAAGGAGAAAGAACCAGGAUACUUUGAUAAAUUCACUCCUGAAAUCAUGACCAUCGUUGAUGCCAAUCAAGAUAAAAAGAUUGAUUUCAAUGAGUAUAUCUUCUUCAUCACCCUCCUUCAACUUCCUGAAGGGGAAGUAAUGAGGAUUAUCGAGAAGGUUAAUCCAGAAGAAAGAAAGAUUAACAAAGCUCAAUUUGCUAAAUAUCUUACUAAGCUCAGGAAAUGUACUGCUCUGGGACUUAAGCAAAUGAGCAAAUCUUUCAUGCCAGAUGGAAGAAAGAUCUCGACUGAUGAGGAUCAUAUUUCAAAGACCAUCCUUCUCCAUCUCUUCAAUGAUAAAGAGUACAUCACUAUCGAAGACUUUUGUGAACUCAAGAGUAAACUGAAGCAUGCUCUGCUUCAUUAUGAAUUCUAUCAGUUUGAUGUAGAUGAGGAUGAAACCAUUUCUGCAGAAUCUUUUGCAAAGAGUCUCCUCUCAUGACUCAACUACACUCAGGCUUCUAAAUACUCAAGAAGGAUACACUCUCUCAAGCUGGAAGGAAGAGUAUCUUUCAAAGAAUAUGUUGCUUUCCAUAACCUCAUUGAGAAGGCAGAUAUUAUCAAGAUGAAAAUAUCUACCUACAGAUUCUUGAGUCUCGGGAUGUUCAGAGAUCUCUGUGAUGAUUUCGCUAAGCUAGACCCUUACUGUAACCAGAAUAAGGUUUCCAUCAGUGAUACCCAGAUCGCUACCUUCUUCAAAGUUCUUGAUGAAGAUGAAAAUGGAGCUCUCGAAUAUGAUGAAGUGGUAGAUAUCCUUGAAGGCAAGAAGAACAUUGGACUUGGUAAAGAAGAUAAGUUCAAGAGAGAAAUGACGGAGAAAAUAGACAGAUAUAUCAAAAAGUUCCAAAAAUACGUUGGUUGGACCUAAUU